AUGGGUUGGCAACGAUUCAUCCGCUUCACUACUCUCCUCGCCGGUUCCAUUCGUUGUUCUCUGUUCGCUGGUUACAGCUGUCAUGUCCUCGGCGCUCGAGCAACACUCCCACUCGGAAACUCGAAGCUAACACAUGUUUCCCUACCAGCAGACGAGAGUGUCAUUCUUGUGGCGGAGUCAGGAAAACUUUUCCCUCCGCUUCGUGACAGCUUUACGUUUGGGAGUCUGGCUGGUUCAAAAAGCGUUUACGUUUCCACUUUGCACUCAAAACGGCUCCCCAGUCCCGCUUUUGUGUCGGCUACAAGUCAGCUGUGGAGCGUGCAUCCGCUUUCCACCAUGAGAAUCUGGCGACGGAGGAAGAACUCUGGCUUUCUCGUCUUCAUUGUCAUCUGGUGCCUGACCUCGAAUGUCGCUAACGCUGACACCCCAAUUUACAACACUCCAGGGGGAAGUGCCUCUGCUAAGGAGCAGCCAGCUCAAGCAGAACGCUACGAGACCAUUGUACCUCUACUGCUCACGGGCCACCAUAGCAGACCCCUCAGCCACCUGGAGUCAGGGGGUUAUCCGGUGUCACUGCAGUUGCUGGUGCGUGCUGAAGAUGAACGCCUCGUUCUACUACUGGAGAAAAAUGAGGGUCUUUUCGCCAACCGUUACACAGAGACUCACUACCAGAAGGAUGGACGUGUCGUCACUGGUGCACACAACUCCACGAAGAACUGCUAUUAUCACGGGGAGGUGCUGGCGCAUCCCAACUCUGACGUCACCCUCAGCACUUGUUCGGGCCUUCGAGGCUUUAUCACGCUUGAAAACAAGUCGUUCGUCAUAGAGCCCGCAUCCGGCAAAGGCCCGGACGUCCACUUCAUCUACCGGGCGGAGGAGCUGCGUCUGACCCCGGGGGACUGCGGUCACGGGUUUAACAUGUCUUCCUUUGCCCCGGAAAACUACCUAAAGAGCCCCUUGCAGGCCUUCCGCACAAGGCACAAAAGGGAUGCGCAAAAGACCACCAAAUAUGUGGAGCUGAUCAUCGUUGCAGACAACCGAGAGUUUCAAAAACAAGGAAGUGACGUGGAGAAGGUGAAGCAAAGACUUGCAGAAAUUGCCAAUUAUGUGGACAAGUUCUACCGAGCGCUAAACAUCCGUGUGGCUUUGGUGGGUCUGGAGGUGUGGAGCGACCACGACAAAUGUCCCGUCACGCAGGAUCCGUUCGCCACCCUCCAUGAGUUCUUGGAUUGGCGCAAAGUCAAGCUGCUUCCGCAGAAAGCUCACGACAAUGCUCAGCUCAUAAGUGGGGUGUACUUCCAGGGCACUACCAUUGGCAUGGCUCCCAUAAUGAGCAUGUGCACAGCAGAGCAGUCUGGAGGCAUCGUCAUGGAUCACUCAGAGAACCCGCUGGGCGCAGCCGUGACGUUGGCUCACGAGCUGGGUCACAACUUUGGCAUGAAUCACGACACACCAGAGCGUGGCUGUGGCUGCAGGAUGACGGCGGACCGCGGUGGCUGCAUCAUGACGCCUUCCACGGGGUAUCCAUUCCCCACAGUAUUCAGCACGUGCAGCAAGAAGGACCUGGCGGCCAGUUUGGAGAAAGGUGUGGGCAUGUGUCUGUACAACAUGCCGGAGGUCAAGGUGCUCUACGGGGGACAGAAGUGCGGCAACGGCUACGUGGAGGAAGGGGAGGAGUGUGACUGCGGGGAGCCUGAGGAAUGUUUGAAUCCGUGCUGCAACGCCACCACCUGCACGCUGAAAGGAGACGCUGUGUGUGCCCAUGGCCAGUGCUGCGAAGACUGCCAGCUCAAACCGGCAGGCACCAUGUGUCGUGAGUCCGGCAACUCCUGCGACCUGCCCGAGUUCUGCACGGGUGCCGACCCUCACUGCCCGUCCAACGUUUAUCUCCAUGACGGUCAUGCCUGCCACGCCGUGGAAGGCUACUGCUACAACGGCAUCUGUCAGACUCAUGAACAGCAGUGCAUCACCCUGUGGGGUCCCGGAGCCAAACCAGCCCCCGGGAUCUGCUUUGAACGAGUCAACUCAGCGGGGGAUCCUUAUGGAAAUUGCGGGAAGGAUUCCAAAGGCUCCUUUGCCAAAUGCGAUGCAAGGGAUGCAAAGUGUGGCAAAAUUCAGUGCCAGGGUGGCGCCAACCGACCAGUGAUCGGCACCAACGCCGUUUCCAUUGAAACCAACAUCCCGCUCCAGGAGGGGGGUCGCAUCCUGUGUCGGGGGACGCACGUUUACCUAGGGGACGACAUGCCCGAUCCGGGUCUUGUUCUGGCCGGCACCAAGUGCGGGGACGGGAGGGUGUGUCUGAACCGCCAGUGCCAAAACGUCAGCGUAUUCGGCGUGCACCAGUGCUCGGGAAAGUGCAACGGACGUGGGGUGUGCAACAACAAGAAGAACUGCCACUGCGAGGCCCACUGGGCGCCCCCAUUCUGCGAGGAGUCCGGCUUCGGAGGGAGCAUUGACAGUGGGCCAACGAGACUGGCAGCCGACAGCGUGCUGCUCACCGCCGCUGUCCUGGUGGCUGCUAGCGGCUUGUUGCUGGCCAUCGGCCUUGUCUUCCUCAAGAGGAAGACCCUCCUGCGACUUCUCUUCACCCACAGGAAGAGCACCUUGGAGAAGCUCAGAUCCAUUGAGGCCAAGAGGCCCACCAGUCCAGGCGGGACCCAUUCCAUGUGCAGACCAUUACCGCAACGCAAACCACCCCCCAAACCCUGCGGAGCCAACAUUUACAAGACGUCCCUGCUGAGUGCCGAACCUCUGCUACCGCCGCACAAGUUCCACUCGCACAGCCUACGCCGACUGCCACUAUACCAGCCGCUGCACAUCAGCCAACCCAUGCCCGUGUCUCUCAGCGUGGGUCAGCCAACUCUGCCUCCCUUGCCAGCUCGACACAGGCUGGCUCCGACCAACUGUCACACCGACGCACCGUUGCCGCCCGCGGUGCCGCCUUUCCUUAGUCUCCCACGGCAGCCAGCGUCAUUCCGACUGGGACAGGACUUGGACAAACCGAGCCCCCCGCAGAAGCCCCUACCCGCAGACCCACUUAACCGGAGCGCCCGACUUGGGCACAUUCACGGGAGAGGACCACUACCCAUCCCUAUCCCCACCGUGCCCAAACCGCUACCCACCCUCCCGUUACCUAGCAGAUCCAAAGCGGCCAGUCAGAUGGCACUGGAAACCACUAGUGCCGAUGAAUCUUUUGAGAGGUUGGACAAGGAAGAAUACAACAACAUCUUGGAGCUGAAACAGUUCGACGGUCUGCCGUACUCAUCUAUAUUUUACAAUCUGCUAAAGGAAAGCAAAGCGCUUCUCAUCUGGAAUAUCAAGAGCGACUUUAUGAAUGCAUUGGCAAAAGAGCAAGUCCUCAUUGUCGCAGCUUCAGUUGCAACUGGAAGGAGUUCUCAAGUGGCACGUGAAGUGGAUGGUUCGGGAGACUUCUUGAUUCUGAUCAACAAGCAGAUCGAUCCACCCGCAUUCCACUUACCACAACAGAGCCCGUGGAGUGGCAGCUGUUCCUCUAGCACGCCUUCUCACAGGACAACUGUCUUCACGUCGUCACCCACAUUGCACCCGAAGAUGAGAGCAAAGUUCUUCUACAGGACAUUCUGGAAAGUUCAGCCUCUCGCUGAGACGAGAAGAAAGCAAACUGCUGCCAACAACCGCAACAGCGGACCACCACACAUCGGUGCCUUGUUCAGUAACUGA